AUGGAGAACAACCCCCAGGAUGUCGACCAGGCAAAGUACAUGGACAAUGCCAUUCGCGCAGUCCAGCAGAAGAAGCCGCUCCCCGAGAUCGACUUUACGCUGCACACCAUGGAAGAUGGCUCGCAAGUGAGCACCAUGGAACGAGUCUGCAAAGCUUUCCAUCCGCCCACUGACGAGCAGUUCUUUUCGCCACAAGAUCGCACGAAGCCCAACAUCCAGUUCUUGAAGCAGCAUUUCUACCGCGAAGGUCGCCUGACCGAGCAGCAGGCGCUAUGGAUCAUAAAGAAAGGCACAGAGAUCCUCAAGGCAGAGCCCAAUCUGCUGGAGAUGGAUGCACCGAUUACGGUGUGUGGUGACGUUCACGGCCAAUACUACGAUCUCAUGAAGCUGUUCGAAGUCGGUGGAGACCCUGCCGAGACGCGCUACCUCUUUUUGGGUGACUACGUGGACAGAGGGUACUUUAGUAUCGAGUGCGUUUUGUACCUGUGGUCGCUGAAGAUCUGGUAUCCCAACACGCUUUGGCUCCUCCGCGGAAACCACGAGUGCAGGCAUUUGACCGACUACUUCACAUUUAAGCUCGAGUGUAAACACAAGUACUCCGAGGAGGUCUAUGAAGCAUGCAUGGACUCUUUCUGCGCAUUGCCUUUGGCAGCGGUCAUGAACAAGCAGUUCCUGUGCAUACACGGCGGUUUGAGCCCUGAGCUCCACACUCUGGAUGACCUGAAGAGCAUUGAUCGAUUCCGCGAGCCUCCCACCCACGGUCUCAUGUGCGAUAUCCUCUGGGCCGAUCCGCUUGAAGAGUUUGGACAGGAGAAGACCAACGACUUCUUUAUUCACAACCACGUCCGAGGAUGUUCAUACUUUUUCUCGUAUCCCGCCGCGUGCGCCUUCCUGGAAAAGAACAACCUGCUUUCUAUUAUCCGUGCUCACGAAGCCCAAGAUGCCGGAUAUCGCAUGUACAGGAAGACUCGGACGACUGGUUUCCCUAGUGUCAUGACCAUCUUCAGUGCGCCCAACUAUCUCGAUGUGUACAACAACAAGGCUGCCGUUCUGAAGUAUGAGAAUAACGUCAUGAACAUCAGGCAAUUUAACUGCACGCCUCAUCCAUACUGGCUGCCCAACUUCAUGGAUGUCUUUACAUGGUCAUUGCCGUUCGUUGGCGAGAAGAUCACUGACAUGCUCAUUGCUAUUUUGAACACAUGCUCCAAGGAAGAACUCGAGGAGGAGACUCCUAGCUCUUUGGCCUCUGGUCCAUCAUCGCCACCGCUGGCCAGCCUUGACCCCGACUCCACAGAGUUCAAGCGCCGCGCUAUCAAGAACAAGAUCCUCGCUAUUGGUCGUCUUUCUCGUGUAUUCCAGGUUCUGCGCGAGGAGUCGGAGCGUGUUACUGAAUUGAAGACAGCAUCGGGAGGCCGACUCCCCGCCGGUACGCUCAUGCUCGGCGCAGAAGGCAUCAAACAAGCCAUCCAUAGCUUCGAAGACGCCCGCAAGGUUGAUCUACAGAACGAGCGAUUGCCGCCGAGUCACGAAGAAGUGCGAAAAUCUGCGGAGAUUAGCCGAGAACAGGCUCUCGAAAAGGCCAAGACUGAGGCAGACAACGACACGGGACUCGCAACGGUCGCCAGGCGCAUCAGCAUGUAA